AUGACAGACCCGAUCCAGCUUGACUCCGGGUCAAAAGUGCCGGCGGCUGGACUGUCAGGUCGCGGCUGGGGAGGGGGCGCCGAGGUCAGGCCCGACCCCUGGGUCUCCUCGCACUCUGCGGGAGGCGCGGAGGAGACGCAGGCCGCGCAAGGCCACGGGCUGCUGAGGCUCGGGCCUCUGCGCGGGAGGGGCUCGGCGACCCGAGAAACAGCGCGAGUGCCGGUACUUCAGCAGCUACUCCGCAGCCUCCCGCAAGCCCUGGCCUCGGAGCUGCCCCGCAGCCCUAGCCUCGGCUGCGUCCCGGCCCCCGGGCGCGCUGCGGCCGGUCGAUCCGCCGGUCUGGGCUGCUCGGCCUCCACCGCGGAUCCCGGGUCGGGCCGCCGCCGCCUGCCGGCCGGUGCCCACGGCAAUGCCCCGCCCCGCGCGGCCCGGCCCGGCCGUGACAGCUGGGCGCCCAAAGGGUUAAGCCGGCAGAGCUGCGGCCCAAGUGCCCCGCGCGCUGCAAGUCCGCUGCGAGCCGGCCCCAGCGCGCACGCGCCCGCCCGUUACCUGCGGUCGCGUUCGCGCUCCUCCUCCACCUGGCCGCUCUCUCCCGGGGGCCGCCCCUCAGCCCGCCCCCUCGGCUCGGCGCCGCGCACCCUGCUGGCUACUCGGCCAAGGCCCGGGGAGGAGGGGCUGACAAACCUGACACAGACCCUGGAGGCUGUGCCCCAGAGUGAGGCGGGGCUCUGUCUCUCUCGUUCCACUUCCAUUCUGUGCCUGGAUGCCUUCUCCCACUUCCCUGGGCUCAAGGUCCUGGGGCUGAGUCUGCAUCUCACCCAGCUCCUGCCAGGAGCUCGUGGCAGCUUGGGACACAGCUGUAGCAGCUCUUCUUCCAGGCCCCUAUACAGUUUACCUCUUCCUAAGCUCCCUCCAGGCCUCGCUUUCUUGGGCCCCUGCCUGGAUGGCAACACGGGUGUCCAGUUUUCUCCCAGUCUACGGCGGCUGAGUGUCAAGUAUAGUCGCCUUCAGAAUGUGGGGGAGCUGGCAGACAUCUUCCCAGACCCGGUGCAUGGCCCCUCCUUUGGCGAUGCCUGGCUUCUGGAUCUGGACCUGUCAUUCAACAAUCAGCUGAAGAUGGCCAGUCCCGGGGCCCUCCAGGGGCUCAAGCUGGGGACUCUGUGUCUGGACCACACAAAGAUGAGGGCAGCUGCAGUGGUGGGACUGGGGCUGCAGAGCCUGGACACCCUGUCUGUGAUCAAUGCCGACACGGCCAAGCUGCCUGCUGGGGCAGUUGCACACUUUGAGUUGCAGGAGCUGAAUUUGGCAUCCACUCUUGUAGGGCACAUAGCUCUGGAGUCCCUGGCUUCCUGCCACAGCCUGAAGAGCUUGGGUCUUAAGAGCAGUGGCUUGAUGACUAACCUGCCACCAGGUUUCCUGGAGGCCAUGCCCAGCCUUCAGAAACUGAACUUGAGUAGGAACCAACUGCGUGCCAUGCUGGGCACGAACGAGACAGGGGCUGUGUCAAGACUGCGGGCCCUGGAUCUGUCCAACAAUGGGCUGCACACCCUGUCCCCAGUCACCUUCUCAUGCUGUCAGCUGCAGGAGCUGCUGCUUCAGGGAAACCAGAUGAUUUGUCUGCAGGGCCAGGCAUUCCAGGGCUUAAGGAGGCUGGGGAAGUUGGACUUGGCCAAGAAUCCACUGGUAGACCUGGGCAAGGGCUGGUUGGCUCUGCUGCCUGCAGUAACCGUCCUAAGCCUCCUGGAUACCCGCAUGGUGCUGAGCUCAGCCUUGGGCUUCCAGGGUCUGCAUACCUUGAACUUGCAUCUCCCCUCUGGCCCUUCCGGGGUAGUGUUAUCCCUGCCCAUGAGCUUGACCAGCUUGGAGUUUCAUGCGGUCUCUGGCAGGAAGCCUGGGAUGCUGGCUUCUAAUGUCUUUCCAGUCUUGCAGACCUUGACUCUAAAAGGCUGGGGAUUGCAGCUGGGGACCUGGAAUGUCACCAAGAUCUUCCCUGCCCUUUGCCAACUCUCCCUGCUUGGUGAUAGCUUGCUUUAGGCCCUCUGCUCCCAGGACACCUCCAACCUUUUCCUCUGGCAGCUCUCCAGGCUCUGGUAUCAGAGGGUAAGGGGGGAUGGGCACAGCCCCAAGCCCUGCUGCAUGACGGGCUGUCGCCUAUGGGAGCGGAAGCCGCAGGCACUUCAGUCCCACGCCUGGCCCUGCUCAGUGUUGCUUGAGGAGCUGCUGGGGGAGCUGCCCAGGCAGGUGCUGCAUCUGGUCAAAAUGGGGUUAGAGACACUGUCUGCGGCUGCUUUCCAGGGCUUGGGAAGUCUCCAGGUCCUAGAGCUAGACUGGGGGACAGACCUCACGCUAGAUGGCAGCCUCCAGGAGCAAAGUCCCCAGAUGCCCCAAUACAGUAAGUCCCCUACAUACAAACAAGUUCUGUCCCGAGAGCGUCUGCUUCUGCUGAUCUCCUUGCCCUUCCUACAGGAAGCCAGGAACUCCUGGAUCCUCCAUCUCCAGGCCUUGUUCAGGGCUUGGCUUCAGGGUCCGAGGAGUCAGAGGGGUGAGGGCAGGAGGUUCCUUUAUGAUGUGUUUGUGUCCCACUGAAGGCAAGACCAGAGCCGGGUGACUGGGGAGCUGCUGCCUACUCUGGAGGGCCGCCCUCCGAUGGGCCGGGGGCUGCGCUUCUGUCUCCUUGAGUGGGAUUUUGAGCCAGGCAAGGACGUGGAUGACAAGGUGGCAGAUGGCAUGGCAGGGAGCUGGGUCACGCUCUGUGUGCUGAGUUGCCAGGCCCUGCACACCCCAUGCUGCUGCCUGGACCUCUGCCUGGCUACCUUCCUCCUGCUGGCUGCCCCCACCCACCCCCCAGGGCUGCUGCUGGUCUUCCUGGAGCUGGUCUCCCGCCACCAGCUCCCUUGUUGCUCUAGGCUGUCCUGGCUGCUCUGCAGAGGAGACUACUGCAUGUGGCCCAAGGAAGAUGAAAGAAAGGACGAGUUCUGGGCUUGGCUGAGGAGCAGGUUGGGGCAGCCUGGGUUGGGCUAG